UGGCGCUUUUCCAGGGUCGGGGUUGCAAUUAGCUUGUGGGUGGGGCGAAGAAGAGGUCUAAGAACAAACGGCCCUUUAAUCUAAAAGGCAGAGGAGGUGAACACCCCUCCAAGGCAUUAUCGUCCCCGAGGUCUGCGAGCUUGGGCACCAGCUGGCUGCACAUCUGGAUGCAGCAGAGCCUUUCGAUGCAGGGCGGAGUCGAGGCUGAGGAUCCCGGUGUGCACGCACCUCGUCGUGCGCGCGCGUGCGGGUCCGUGAGCAUUGGGAGUGUGUGUAUCUGAGUGUGUGUGUGUGCGCGCAGGCGCGCACGAGUGUCGGCUGGAGCCGCGGCUCCAGGAUCGGGUAAUGGGGCUGGGGGCCCAGGAAGGAAUAAAUCUCUGCCGGCCUCCUCGCGCCUCACAGCGGGUUAAUAAACCAACCAGUUAUAGAGAGAUGAGAGUGACGGCGGCAGGGUGACAGCCCCGGCGUGCCGGCUGCGUGUGGAAGGGUCAGGUUAGCAGCCAGUCUCUGCCACACUCAAAUAUAUACAUACAUUGGGGGUGGGAGGUUAUUUUUUAUUGUUUGCCUCUAUCUCCAGAGAACAAGAGCGGGAGGAGAGGCGCGCGCUCCAGGCGAGCGUCGCGGAUCUGAACGGGUCGAAGGAGGCAAAUUUGCGGGUGGGGGAGGGCAGGGGAGACCUUGAUUUCCACCAAUCCCCGGGCAUUUGUCUGCGAAGUCCGGGGCGCAGCGGAAGGCUGCGGCGCGCCGCUGAAUUAACUGAUGAGAGCGAGUUCUUUUCUUCUUCGGGAGGGGUGGGGAGCGAGGGUCCUGGCGGGCAAGGCGGAGAAGCCCGGGGCAGGAUAGCGGUCCCGGGCUGCCGUGGAAAUUUCCAAGGACUUGGUGCGUCGCGGAGAGCGCGUCUGGGGGGUGCUUGGCGGUGCAGCAGCGCAGGAGGCGGGGAGAGGCGGCGAAGGGCGCAGGAGCAUCUCUCAGAAGGGGACGCCGCGGACCAGUUGUCUGGGAGGGAGCCGAGCCUCUCCCCGGACCCGCGCGGAGGGCGACAGUGAUGCUGCAGAACCGGCGGGAGCGACUCACCGCGGCCGCUCUCUGCGCUCUCGGAGACCCCAGCGCCCGCCUUCUGCAGGGGAAGAGACCAUGACCAGAGCUCGUGACUUGCCCCCCGGCCACUUCCCCUAGAAAGAAACCCUUGAAAAAGUUGCAUUUAAAAAAAUCCUUGCGCUGACCUUUGGGGCCGUGGGGGCCGAAGAAACGUGCGUGCGAGUGCAAACAAGAAAACGAAAGGUGUGUGUGCAUGGGGGGCCGGCGGUGGGGGGACCCUCCGCUGCCGCUUUGCCUGACGCUGUGCUGAGGCCGCCCCCCGGGACCCCGGGGCUGCGAUGAGCCCCUGUGGACGGGCCCGACGACACACGUCCAGAGGGGCCAUGGCAGUACUAGCGUGGAAGUUCCCGCGGACCCGGCUACCGGUGGGAGCCAGUGCCCUUUGCGUCGUGGUCCUCUGUUGGCUCUACAUCUUCCCGGUCUACCGGCUGCCCAACGAGAAGGAGAUCGUACAAGGGGUGCUGCAACAGGGCACGGCGUGGAGAAGGAACCAGACGGCGGCGAGAGUCUUCAGGAAACAGAUGGAAGACUGCUGUGACCCCGCCCAUCUCUUUGCUAUGACUAAAAUGAAUUCCCCCAUGGGGAAGAGCAUGUGGUAUGAUGGGGAGUUUUUAUACUCAUUCACCAUUGACAAUUCAACUUAUUCUCUCUUCCCCCAGGCAACCCCAUUCCAGCUGCCCUUGAAGAAAUGCGCGGUGGUGGGAAAUGGUGGGAUUCUGAAGAAGAGUGGCUGUGGCCGUCAAAUAGAUGAAGCAAAUUUUGUCAUGCGGGCCAUCAGACAAACAAUAGAGUGGGGUUUGAUGAGUUCCUUUUCUCAGGGUUUAACUGAGCCUCUUCUUCUCUAUAAUAGGUUUCAGAAUCUGCUGUGGUCCAGAAAGACAUUUGUGGACAACAUGAAGAUCUAUAACCACAGUUAUAUCUACAUGCCUGCCUUUUCUAUGAAGACGGGAACAGAGCCAUCUCUCCGGGUUUAUUACACACUGUCAGAUGUUGGUGCCAAUCAAACAGUGCUCUUUGCCAACCCCAACUUUCUGCGUAGCAUUGGAAAGUUCUGGAAAAGUAGGGGAAUCCAUGCCAAGCGCCUGUCCACAGGACUCUUUCUGGUGAGUGCGGCUCUGGGUCUCUGUGAAGAGGUAGCUAUCUAUGGUUUCUGGCCCUUCUCUGUGAAUAUGCAUGAGCAGCCCAUCAGCCACCACUACUAUGAUAACGUCUUGCCCUUCUCUGGCUUCCAUGCCAUGCCAGAGGAAUUUCUCCAGCUCUGGUAUCUUCAUAAAAUCGGUGCACUGAGAAUGCAGCUAGACCCAUGUGAAGACACUUCACUCCAGCCCACUUCCUAGGGACCAUGGAAAAAGAAAGAACCGAGACAGGGUAUUUUUGUUAGGUUUUCUACAUGACUCCAAAAGGAAAUGGUCAAGUCAUUUCAUGGAUUCACAUGCGCCACUUGGAAAAACAAAACAAAACAAAAACAACUAUAAAAGCCCAAGAGAAACUCUACUUUGGAUGUUGGCUUGGAGGACAAAUAAGAAAUGAAACAUCCUCUGAAAUAUUUUGUAGCACAUUGUGGAUUUGCAACCAGUAACAUGCUGAUGAGAUGAUGUUGGUAAAGCACAUUCAGGUGGUUCAAAUCUAGAAGAUGCAGUUCACAAACAAGAUAGAACUCUGGUUGUUGAAGGUGAAGAAUUAAUCAAGGUAGAAUAAAGGAAAUGCCAGCGCAAAGUGUUACUGAUUACCAACACAAUAUGGCUUUAGGAAAAAAAAAAAAACCUAUCUUAUAUCUUAGAACCAUAGGUUUUUAAAAAAUGAUUAUUUAUUUUUGCCCUAUUUAGGGGCAGUGAGUGGGUGAUGAGGUAGCUAAAAAAAAAAAAAAAAAAAAAGAAUCCCUUACUGA